UAUGGAACCGGAGUUAAUGUUUAUCUUGUUCCCAAAGGCAAAUUUUCUGGGUUUCGCUCUCCGUUUGCCUUAAAGAAGGUAAACGAAUAUGGUAAGAUUUCUAGGAUGGAGUCUAGAAUUGAGUGGGAGGCUCGGUUACUAAGAAAAUUGUCCCAUCCUAAUAUAGUAGGCUUCCGUGGUAAAUUUAGGGAUGGGCACGUCUUCCAGUGUGACUCUUCCUUAAUGGAUGUUUUGGAAAAAAGGGAUGUCGAUGACCUGGGACCUCUUCCAGCUCUUUCGGUGCUCAUGCUUUCUUACGAAGCUGCUAAGGGCCUUGCUUAUCUACAUUCCCAACUUAUUCUUCAUGGUGAUAUCAAGAGUGACAACGUGCUCGUAGAUAAAGAUUUGACGUCGGCUAAAUUAUGUGACCUUGGAACCUCUUUACUUAUGAACGAAAAGAUGGAGGCAAUUGGCCCAGAAGCCGAAUACAUAGGUUCUCUGCCUUGGAGCCCUCCUGAAGCCCUCGAACAACGGCUCAAAUCAAAGAAAGAUGUAACGAUAACAGAUAGAGCCGAUAUCUAUGCAUUUGGUAUGCUUAUCUAUGAGAUGUGCACAUUAUCUGUUCCUCACGCAAACGAAGAUACAACUUUAGAAGUCAGCUCCACUGAUAUCUCGAAUCAUUCUGAUACCUUAGCUGAAGAACGAUUUUACGAACGCCUCGGAAAGCGACCUCCGCUUUUUGAGGGUCAGUUAGAUGAUACAUAUAAUCAGGCUUUGGAAAUUUUUCAUGUGUGCAGUGAGCAAGUGUCAUCAGACAGGCCGUCUGCACAAGAAAUAGUUGAACUUCUCAGGGAUUGCCUUCCAUAUACUCCUGAUGAUUAA